GCUCUGGCUCUGCCUCACCAAUGACGGUCUCUCCAUGUUGCAUGUCCUUCAGUUCGGCGUGUGGCUUCUCAAACUGCCAUCACGGAUCCCGAUUUGGAAGCAGAGCGAGCCGGCGGGUGGCUGCUCGUCCUGCGGCUCGCAGUCGGCCAAGCCGCGGUGCUGUCGCGCCAAGCGCGCGGAGCUCGCCAACAACUUUAUGCGCGACAUGGAGUGCCGAGUGCUCUCCAUCCAGAGUCAUGUCGUGAGGGGCUACGUGGGGAACAAAUCCGCGUCCUUCCCUUUACAGGUGAUGGGCUUUGAAGUGGACUCUAUCAACUCGGUACAGUUCUCCAACCAUACAGGUUACGCGCACUGGAAGGGGCAGGUUGUGACAGCGGACGAGCUUCAUGUGCUUUAUGAGGGAAUCAAGCUCAACAAUGUCAACCACUACGACUACGUACUCACAGGUUACACCAGGGACACAUCUUUUCUUGAGAUGGUGGUGGACAUUGUACAGGAACUAAAGAUGGCCAAUCCUAAUCUUGUAUACGUGUGUGAUCCUGUCCUGGGUGAUCAUGGUUCAAUGUAUGUGCCUCAGAAUCUGUAUCCAGUUUAUAAGGACAAAGUGGUACCAGUGGCAGAUAUCAUCACUCCUAACCAGUUUGAGGCAGAGCUCUUGACAGGAAAGAAUAUCAGCACAGAGAAAGAUGCAGUAGAGGUGAUGGAUCUGCUCCAUAAUAUGGGUCCGGACACAGUGGUCAUCACCAGCUCUGAUCUGCCACCUCGCCUCGGAGACCGCUUUCUGGUUUCACUCGGCAGCCAACGCAUCGUGAUGCCGGAUGGCACCUUCACCACACAGCGGAUCCGGAUAGAGGUGCCCAAAGUAGAUGCAGUGUUUGUUGGGACAGGCGACCUCUUUGCAGCCAUGCUGCUAGCUUGGACACACCACUACCCUACAGACCUGAAGAUGGCAUGUGAGAAAACAUUUUCUGUCAUGCAUCAUGUUAUUCAGAGGACCAUUUCUUAUGCCUUCGAGAUGGCAGGUCCAGGCAGAAAACCGAGCCCCGCCCAACUAGAGCUACGAAUGAUUCAGAGCAAAGCAGACAUUGAGGAUCCAGCCAUCGUUAUGGAGGCCACUGUUCUAUAGAAACUCCAUGUACACACACACACACACACACACACACAAACUCACACCAUUUCCCUCUCCCUUAAGCCACAAUCGCACAAUGUAUAGAUGUUGUACAUUUUUGGAUCUGUAAUGUGACAUUGCCUUAGAAAUCUUGAACAGAGCACAACAUUUCAUUCGGAGGGAGAAAUAGCAGGGUACGGCCACAUCGACGAGCAGCAGAGUGAGUGGGUCAAAAAGAGAGAAGGGCAGAUUGCUGUGAUGAAGGAGAGGAGAGAAAUAGAAAGAGAGAAAUCUCUUUUUAGCUAUUUUUCUCUCUAACCAUGUCUCCUUCUCUGCACUUAUCUCAAACCCCUGUUUGUCCUGCACAUCGAAGGAGCAAUUGAACGCCUGUGUAAUCAGAUUUACCUGAGAAACUGCCAGCACUGAACCAAGCUAGAGUGAAGUCAUUAAAUAGCAUAUCAUUAAGCCAUUAACAUUAAGCUAUAUAUGCUUUCUUGAGAUUGUAUUAUAAUGAAAUCUCUUUAGUCUUUUCAGAGAUCAUGUUGCAAAAGUUUUUUGUGGGCUAGCUUUGGAGAAAAAAAAGCUUUGUAUGCCCUGGUUAUUUUACUGCAUGAAUACAUUCUUUGAUUUUAUUAACUUUAACAUCUUUUAAAAUCAUGUUUUUUUAGUUUUUUUUUUUUUUUUUGCUUGUUUACAUUUUAACACUUAAAAUCUGGGACUAGCUGUGCAAACUGUUAUUUUUAAAUGGUCUUAGAAUUGUCUUUGCUGAUUUUUCAGAAUAUUUUUCAAGAAAUAAUCAGGUUUACUGGCGAGCAUUAAGCUAAACCAGGUUUGUUACAUAGCAUUAGCCUAAAUAGAAUUGCUAGCUAGCAUUAGGGUAAACCAGGUUUGGUAGUUAACAUUGGACUAAAUCUGUUUGCUAGCAACCUUUGGGAUAAACUGGGUUUGCUAGCAAACAUAAAGAGACCAGAUUUGCUACCUAAUGUUAGGUUAAACUGGGUUUGCUAGUUAACAUUAGGCAAAACUGGGUUUGCUAUGUGUCAUAAGGUUAUACCUAAUUUGCUAGCAAACAUAAGGCUAGACCCUAUUUGCUAGUUACAUAAGGCUGGACCCAGUUUACUAGCUAACACAAGGCUAAACUGGGUUUACUAGAAUACAUAGGGCUAGACUGGGUUUGCUAGUAAACAUGAGGCUAGACCAGAUUUGCUAGUUAACAUAGCUAGCAAACCUGGUUUAAUUUUAACUGAAGGCUAAAUAUGGGUUGGUGACUCAGGGAGUUAAGGCUCUGAGUUAUUGAUAGGAAUGUCUGCAAUUCAAGCCCCCGCUUCACCAGGUUACUGCUGUUGGUCCCUUAAGCAAGGCCCUUAACUCUGUCUGCUCUAGGGGCGCUGUAUAAUGGCUGACAAUGUGCUAUUACCCCAGCCACAAGAAGCUGGAACAUUUAAAGAUAAAUAAUUUUACUGUGCCGUGAUGCAUAUGUGACGAAUAAAGGCUGAACCUAAUGAACUGGGUUUGCUAGCUAACCUUACGCUAUAGUGGUUUUGUUAGCUAAUUAGCUAAUUACUAUAUUGUGUAAACCAGUAGCCAGGUUUCCUAGCAAGCUAGCUAAAGCACGCAAGCUACAGUAGGUAACAUUUGGAUAACUAUUAUGGUGUGUAAAAAAAUAAAAAUAACUAUAUAAUAUAUAGUUAUAUAAUAUUAUAUGAAUAAUAAUCAAUGUUGCAGAAUUGUGCAGAACAAGAUUGAUUUGCAAUAACUAAAUGUGGUGCUAGUAGUCGCUGCAAACUCAUAUUGUUUAGUUUUACUUAACUUCUUGUUCUGUUUUACUUAACUUUCAUAUCAUGAUGAAAAAUGACUUUAGCAUUUCACAAAAACUUAAGUGGUUUGGUGGGGUUGUUUUUUUUAUUAUUAUUAUUUUCCCCUACAUUUGUUCACCUUCAUUAUCCAGAUUCAACAGCUUAACUUUAUUAUAUAAUAAUUUAAAGUCUAUUAAAUAGCAGACACGCACUUUCACUUCUUUCUACAACUUUCUCAUCUUAACACUUUCUAUUGCAUUCAACACUUCUCGUUUUUGUUCUGCGUUUUUACUCAUCAUCUGUCCAUGCUGGCCAUGUGUGACAUUUUCUAUCCCGUGACCUUAAGCUUGUGUUGUUUUAGAAAUUGUGUCCAUGUGCAGGACCAGUCAGGGGUCCGUGCUGCUCUCAGUGUUGCACUUCCUCCUCACCUUUUCAUAAAAGCGAUGAUGUAUUAAAUCUAUGAUCUAGCGUGUAUCUGUAUAUGUGAACGUAUGAACGUGUUUAAGGGGGUGAAAGAAUUGUGUAUGCGUGCCUGUGUAUAUAUCUCUAUACAUAUUUGUGUCUUUAGUUAAGAUGUGAAGGUGUAAUGGGGUAUUUUGGGACAAUGUAUAUUUAAAAAAAAGAAAAAAACAGAUAAUGAUAGUUAUAAUAUUAAAACCUAAAACUUUCUGUGUGAGGGCAGCUGAAUUAAAUAAUCCAAGUAGUAGUAACCUGUGGUUGCUGACAUAAAAACAGCUUUGUUUUCUCUUAGGAUAGUUAGGGGUAGAUUUUUGAGCUAAAGAGCCUGACCUGAGAUCAGUACAGGGAGACAACUUCUACCUUAAGCUCUUCGAAAUUGACUGCAGGCUAACUGCCUUUACCAGUACAGGCACAGCCAAUAUGUGUUUGUAGACAGUUUCUAGGUUGGAUUUUGGAGGGAGGGAGGAUAUGGGGGGGUCCAUGUCUCUGUCUUCUUGAAAGACGGUUAUCCCACCUUGUCAUGGUCUAUGACAUCCCCGAUUAAGAUCUAACAAUAGCAAUGCGGCUCACAUUCUCAGUGGGCAAGCGAAUAUUUUUGACUGUUAUCACAGUGUUAGCACAUUCCCUGAGGGAAAUAUAGGGUGGAAGUUUUGCAGUGUACUACAACAUUUUUGUUUGUUUCAUGUACAUAGUGUAUGUAAUAAUGUAUAUUGGUUUGUGGAGUUUGUGUGGUGUUGAUUGUACGACUGUGUGGCUCUAAAGUGACCAAAUGUUACAUGUCCAUAAGGGUUGAUGAUGAGCUCCCUCAUGUGGACUGGAGGUGUGAUUGUCUUAAGUAUUAUUAUUAUUAUUUUUAUGUUUUAAGCAUAUACGUGAUUAGUUAGUUCCCAAAACAAUCUUUAAUCCAGUCUGCUGUUCCGUUGUUGCCAGUAUGUAGUUGGAUGUUGUACUGCCAUCAAAUUGCCACCUGUUAGUGCUGUUAUAAUACCAGCUAGUCAUAUAAACUCUGUAUUAAUAUGGGCCAAAAUAUUUUAUAGUGAUCAUCUAGAUCAAUGUUUCCCAAUCCAUUUUUUUGUUUUUUGUUUGGGGGGGCUUUAUACAGCUUAACAGUUUUCGUUCACAUUUCCCAAAUGCUUUAAGCAAUCUUAAUAUUGAGCAUCUUAUUCCAAAGUGACGUUUAACACAUACCCAUAGACUUUGAGCAUUACUUAAAAUGAUUACUUAAAGAUAAAAGAGUUUAUUAAUGUUAAAUAUGAAAGAAUUAUAUUGGAAUUAUUUUCCUAUAGCACACUGUUUUUCUCUCCCUACACCAUGCAAUUUACUAGUGAUUAAACAUUAAUUUUAUUAAAGAUCAUCAGAUAUUUAUCAGGUGAGGGUUAAAUUAAACUAUGUAUACCAUAUAAUAAAUAAUUUCAUUCCUAUUUAUCAAGAUUUGACCAGCAAUGUGCAUUUAAUAUGCAUUACAAAAUAUUUAUUUAAAAAAGUAAGUUUAAAAAAAACAUUUGGGUUUUAUUUCGCUACUGCACAUUGUUCUACCAGUCGAUGCGUAAUAACUUCAUUACAUUAUCCUGCUAGCUGGCUAAAUGCCAUUCCAGAUAGCUAGUAAGCUGACAUGGAUCCAUAAUUAUAUCAGUGGAUAUAGAUUUGUUUGUAUUCAGGAUUGGGAAACACUAAUCUUUUACACAUAUAAGUGCAUUUAUUAAUAUGCCAUGCCAAAGCUGAUCAUGGAUCAGUCCAUCAUUUAAAGGAACCUUAUGAAAUUGGUCCCACAACUUACAAGUUUGGCUUAGCUAGAAAUAAGAGACAUAUAUUGUAGAAACCUGUCUGACACUAGAUUCAUUUAGGACAUUUAGCAUAUAAAAAUGUUUGUUUCCGUUUGACAGGUGGUAAUGUGAUAUAUGCAGAUAAAAUAAGUCAAGAUUUUCUGGCAAAUAGAAUUAGAAAUAAUACAUUGUGUCUUGGUCUGUCAAAGUGAUUCCAGUCUUGAUCUUUACCAGUGACCCUGUUGUAUGCACCAUUGUGUUAGCUGUAGUAUUCCCCUUUUCCCUUGUGGAUCUCCUGAGUAGUUGUGACAAGGAUCCAUGAGUGCACACUUCACUGUGUGCACGUGUAAUAAAAAGGCACUCAGCUGCCGAAUAUGAAUAAUGAUGUCAGUACUGAACAGGGCAAUGGACAGCAAGCCCAACCUAAACUUUGUGUCCUAGAAGAUCAAGUGUCAUGUCUGUGCUUUGAUAAUUUAUUUUUCUUUCUCUUGUAACUUAGUUGUCUUUUUAUUGCUUUUCUUUGCUUCUGAUUCUCAUUUCUUAAUGGGGGCAACAACAACAAAAAAACAAUAAUAAAAAAAAGACAAAAUGUUGUAUAUGUUUGGUAAAAGUUUAUAGUGCUUUGUUUUCUGGGUCUGAAUAUUUUUUAACAUGUUACAAUGAAGAUUGUAGUGUACAAAUCCACAUUUAUAAUAUAUAAAAUGUAUGUUAUGACACAAUAAA